AAAUAAAGUUGGCUGACUUUGGAUUGGGAACCAAGCAGUUUUAAGUUUCGGUAAGUACCAUUCUAUCAAUAAUUAUUGUGUGUCAUUAAUAGUAGGUAUUUAUUUUGUGGACCCCAAUUUUUUAUUUGCAAUUUUAUUCUGUUUUGUAACAGGAACGAGCACUUAUAACCUAUUCAUGCAGCCGAAAUAGUCUUACUACUAAGUCGUGAGCAGGUCGAACUCGGCGGACAUACGAAACUGACUCGCGACUGACCGUGUAACGUGUAGCCGUGUUGUGUUACUAAAUUGAGUGUGUACCAUGACAGUGUUGGUAUACCCAAACACAACCAGUUAUUAUGAGUUAGUAUGAGUCCCCUAUUGUCAAGUUUCUCUUAACAACCACUCUAAAUUUCUCUUCUUACUUUAACCUAUAAUUAUAACCUAGCUCUUAUAAUAAUAAGUUUUUCUUAUACUUAUACUUAUAAUUACAAUGUUAUAAAUUAAACUUAUAAUUAAAACUUAUUUUAUUUUUGCUAUAACUAUAGUCUAUAGUAUUUAUUAAAUAAUUUGUUAAAAUAGUUAGAGUAUAGUCAUAGUAUAGUAUAAUUAUAUUGAGUAUAUAUAGACUAUUAUUAUUACUAUUCAAUGUCAACCAAUUGGUGGCAAUACUAAUAAUAGGCAUAGGCAUAGGUCUGACUCAGUCUGACUUGUUGCAGAUCAGAAUAAGGCUAACUGAACUCAACUAACUGACUUAUUAAGUUAUUAACUACAUGUCAUUAGUUUCGACUAAAUGGAGUAAAUGAUACAAUUUACAAUUUAAUAUAAUUUAUAAUACAACUUAUAUAAGUUAUUAUUAGCCUAUAUUUUAAGUUAUAACUUCACUUACAGUUAUGAUGUCAUCUGUCUUAUUAAUUUAGCUAAGUUAAACUUAAGUUUAAGAUUCAGAAGUUAGGUUGAGUUAAAGUUAGACUCUAGAAGUUAAAAGUUAAGAUAAUAUUUUCUGGUUUGGCCCCCGGGUAUGAAAUCAAUUGUUACUUCCCCCACCUCCCCUCCAAAACAAAAAAAAAAACAACUCUUAAAACCCAUCAUUAUUUUGGUGCCUCACAAGUUUGGCGCCCGACUCAUUGAAUGAAUUGACGAUGCAGAGAAGGUCUACAGCAAUUUAAAUGAAAUAAGUGGACAUCUCAAACUAAUAUUAAAAAUUUUGUAAAUGUUAGAAAAAAAAUAACGGUUUUAUCAAUCAAUAUAUAAUUCUCUAUGUAUGAAAGAAAUUAUUGUGUAAUGAUGUAUUCAAUAGUGCACAAAAUAACAUUUCCAGUUACGAGGCUGAUUAAGAUGCUUAAAAAUACCUCAAGUGUGUAAUAUUUUGUUUUGUUUUAUUGAAUUAUUCACAUUUAAAUAUGAUGUAAUUAUUAUUGUAAUAAAUCUGCUGUGUAAAAGUGGAUGUGACUUUAGAAUAUUACUCUAGGUUAAGGGGGUAAAGAAAUGUGUGGUGGUAUACCUGGGGGUAGGGGGUGGUAGUUUAGCCUAGUUGGGAUUCUUAAUAAUAAUAAAGUUCAUUUUAACACGCUUUGUCCCUAAUUAAGUCUCGAAGCGCAAUAAAAUACAAAACUCAACAAUACAAAAUCUACAUACAAGCCAGUAUACAUCGAGGAAUACAAGCAAGCUCCUUGGAAACAAGGAGGUAGACUACAUCAUCCCAGCAGGUGAGUGCGAAAAAGAUGUGUUUUCAACUCAGUUUCGAAAGACUGCAGAAUCUUGCUGUUUCUGAAAGCGACAGGAAGGCCGUCGCAGAUUCUUUAGUCAGCAAAAGUGAAAAUGCGACCUCCGUAGGUCUUUAGGCGGACUCACGGUAUCCAGAGUUUGCCACUAUCGGAUGAACGGAGUGAUCUAGUGGGUACAUAAAGCGUCAUGAGUGCUUUGAGAUAGGACAGCGUCAGGUCGUGCAAGCAGCGAUUGCACAGAGUUGCAAUUUUGUACUCUAUGCGAGCCCAGACCGGCAGCCAAUGCAGCUCUCUCAGAAUGGUCAAAUUUGCGUUUGCACAGAACAAUGUGAGCUGCACUAUUCUGUGCUUUUUGAAUUCUAUCCAGGAGCUUAGCCCGAAAACCCACCUUAAAGCAUUGCAGUAGUCCAUGUGUGAUAGUUCGAAUGCAGACAUCAGCCUCUUCGAUGCAUCAAAUGUUAAAAAAGUUCUGAUAAAAGUUCUGUCCAAGUAGACACCCAGGUUUUGCACUGUUUGAGCAAACUCAAUCUGCACACCUUAGAGAGGAAGGGAGGGUGUGUUAUUUACAGAUUUUAGCUUUGAGGUCAAGCCAUUUUCGAUAACUGAUUGGAUCCGAUUUGUCAAAUAUGAGAGGAACCGCCUCGGAGCGGUAUUGGUGAAACCGUACGUUUUUUGCAGACGUUGGAGAAGUAUGCCUUGGUCAAGCGUAUCGAACGCUGCCUAUAGAUCAAAUAACGACAAAAGGUAUACCUGGCCCUCAUCACAAGAUGACAGAAGGUCAUUUAAGACGCGCAUCAGGGCUAUCUCUGUAGAGUGAUGCGCCCUGUAUUCUGACCGGAAAGGCUCAAGCAAGUCGCACUGAAUGAGGUGAUCCAGGAGUUGGCGGAGAACGACUUUCUCUAAGAUUUUGGAUACAAAUGUUAGAUUAGAGACGGGGUGAUAAUUUUCCAACACAUUUGGGUUGAGAUUUGCUUUCUUUAGCAGUAGAGUUACAACCGCCUCUUUAAAAGCAGAUGGAACAAUACCAGUCAUAACUAGUAUCAUAAAUGAUAGGGACUAUUUCAAUUUCAUCCAAACAUUUGUGCAACAGCCCUGCCGGAAGAGGGUCGAGCAACAAUGACUUUCUUGGGGUGUCCACCAGGAUCUUUUCACGUGAAGUGCUUCUCUUGAAUGCAUCUUUUUCAAGUAACUAUAGUAGAUAGAAGUUCAUGCAUUACCACCGCCAUUAUUUGGCAGCCUGUAACUAGUUGAUAAUAACUGGAGUGGAUUUUUUUUUUUACUGAAAUUUCUUUAAAUUAGUAGACCAAGCGUAAAGAUACAAAAUAAAUGGUACCGGGUACUUAAUAAUUAGAACACUAUAACAUUGUACGGUUCUGUUAAAAGAUAAUGCUUUUAGAUAGUUGUUAAUGCUCCAUAUAAAGAUCUAAAUACUGUUAGUUUUUAAUGCUCCAUAUAAAGAUCUAAAUAGUGUAAUAAUGUUUUAUUAUAUGUACUUAAUUGACAGAAUAAGACUGCUAUUUUAGGACUUUUAUCUUCAGUCUUGUCAAACAGCAUCUUUUUAAUUAUCAACCUGAAAAUCUGUUGGAGGAAGUGGCACCAAAAUUUUGAAUAGCCUGGGGUGCCAAUAUUGCUAAGGCCAGUCAUGAGCCCAGGACCCUAAAAAAAUAGGCCGUAGCGCCACUGGUGUAUGUAUCAUGAAUGUAUCAUGAAAUGGCGACAUGAUAGAAAUGAAUGGCAUAAUUGUAUUUCUUGUUUCUGCCAAUUAAAAGACAGCACUUUAGCAAUAAGCAUGUCUUUUUAACAGACUGUCAGCGAGGAUGAGUUUAUUUUUUUUAAAGACUUUUUAAUAUGAAUUUUAUUUUUAAAAAAAAGAAUGUAAAAUUUAAUUUGAUUAUUUCAAAUACUGGCAAUCCCUACCUAUAAUCCCAUUAUAAUGCUCCUUGAAGAACAGGAAAGUCAUCAUGCCCAUUAUUCAGGUCCAACUGUUGGUCUUGUCAACCGAAGUUCAGGUUUUGGAUCACCCAAAGUGACGUCACUGCGCUUAACCUUGGCAAAACCCAUACCGCUCACCCAAUAUUUUCACUUUAAUUUACUCUAACAUUGAUAGCCAAGGGAUAUAGAGCUCUGCCCUACAACAACAAAACAACAACAUGCAAGCAGCACCUGCCAUUCUGUGAUUCAUUUCUCAUUUACCUUAAGUCUUAAACUCCUAAAGUAGGAUUCUUAACCUUUUUGUUACUUUGAAUGCAAAGAACACCCCUGGCGUGACCAAUCACAUGAGACUGCAUGAUAGUCUCACUAAACUCAUAGCAAAAUUAUGAAUAUCGACUUUCUUUUAAUGUGCAGUAGAAAAAAAAUAUCAUAAAAAAAAAAAAAGAAAAUCUGACAAAAAUAAAUAUUUAUAUUUAAAAUUAAUUAAAAAAUGUGAAUUUGGGCCAAGACACCAUUCCCCAAAAGCAAAGUAUUGAUAAAAUCAUAUUGGAGAGCAUCAGUGUUAAAUCCUUGCAAUUUUGGCUGUAAUCAUAAUUAUGAUAAAUUGCUUGCCAAAAAGUUUGGAUUAAAAAAAAAAAAGGAUCAAAGGCAUUCUUUAAAUUUAAUACAUGCUAUUGAUAUAGUCGGAAUAUCAUUAACUUUGAAGGCUAGUAGCUACAAUAAUAGGUCAUCUUGAAUACAGUGAAUUUUAUCUUGAUUACCUGUACCGGUAAUUUCGUCUUUAAUGACAGACAUCAUUCAUCACACUCCUUUAGUCAACAUACCGGUACAUGGAGGGAAACACUUUUUUCCUGCAUGCGUACUGGUCCACAGUUUGGGGGGGGGCAGAGCCCCACUGGUCAUUAUUUUAGUUACGCCUAUACCUAUUGGACGUGACGUUAAUGGCAAGGCGAUGAACUCAAGACGCGAGUGCUCGAGGCUCAUUUCCGCUGCCUACCUGGAAAGCAUGCAGACAUUGGCUACAAACGUUCGGCAUCUUUACACACGGACCCGCCCGAACCUGUGUUGUUUUAGUUCUGUGUUCUUGUGAUAGAACUCCAUGCACCUUUCUUUUACCCCACAUAUCGGCACUACAUUUUUCUACUGAUUUGGGGUUGGGAAGGGGGGGGGGGACAUCAAUCACAACUAAGGGCAACUUCAAACAUCACCUACCGAGACCCCCACCCUCCUUUUAGACACCCCACUUUCACACACACACACCACCCAGGUAGAUGCAUCCAACACAACUUAACAACUAACACAUACAUUUUUUUAAAAAAAUGCNCACCAGAGCCCCCCCCCCCCCUCAAUAAAAUAAUUCCGCCUUAAUUUCUGGAUUCCCCCAUUGUUUACUAUUCCAUCAUUUUCCCUUCAUGUUUAUGGUCGUAAUAAUCUUCAGGUAUUUAGGUUAGCGAUUCCCAGCCGUGACAUCGCGCCUCCACUGUAGCCGUUGUCUUCCUUCUGAUUAGCCUUAGUAGUAGGAGUCGAACGUUCUGUUUACCUGGUGGAAUUGGAACCAGGUUCAGCUGCAGAACUGUCGAAGUGGGGGUUUGCCUUGGCGUAUCUAAUAUGCUAGGAAAAAAAGGGGGGGGGAAUAAUAACGUGGGUUGGUGGGGCGAUUUUUUAAUUUUUUUUUUUGGUGGGGGUAGGGGCUAAAUUUCUCCCUACAGUAUUUUCGGAGAUUGGAAUUUUAAACAUGUAUCGAAUUAAAUACUAAGUUAUUAUUUGCUGUAGACUAAAUACUAAGUUAUUGUUUGCGAUAGAAGAAGAGCCGAGGUUGAUAUUGGUGUCCAUGUGUCAUAGAUAACAUCAGAGCCGUUCUUAGGAGUUUGGGGGCCCUAAGCAUGGAGCGUAGGUAGGGGGCCCCGAAAGAGGGGGGGGGGUUCGGGGGUGGAGCGCCCUCGAGCUGAGGAGAAAACACCACCCACCAUUGCGGCACCUCCAUUCUGCCUUCAUCAAUGUUUCCUCUUUGCUCGCGUGUAACCACUAACCGUAUUGAUAAUUCCGCCACUACAGAAAAUUUGUACUUCUGAAAUAUGUGGACAUAUAUCGAGGGCGCCUCACGGGGGCCUCCUCACGUUCGGGGCCCUACGCGGAUGCGUAGUCAGCGUAUGGCUAAGAACGGGCCUGAUAACAUUGACUUAAAAGACCACAUGAAUCUUGACGGCUUAAAGAGUGUACAGUGGAUGAGCCAAUCUCUUAUAAUUGACAUGACAUCUAACACAUGCGACCAGCGCCCCCAACCCCCCCCCCCCCUCUCAGUUAAAGAUUUAAACAUUUAUUUUUCAUGAAAAAUGACGUUAUUAUAUUCCCCGCGGCCUACAUCACGUUAGCCAUCAAUUUUGCACGGUACUGUAUGGGAUGAUUCCGAUCGAUAGACGUAAGUAUGCGGGUGCCGGAAGUGUUCGGGCGUAUAUACUUUUUAUAUUAUGGUCAGGACCGAGGUCGCCAAGGAGCCAAAGUCGGACACAGUCACUGUGUUAUCAGAGUCCCCAUUCAGCUGCUUCGUUCAACAUUUGCUCCGUGCGUCCCAAACUUUCCUGAGACCGAGCGAGUGUUGCCGCCUGCUGGCCUAACCAAAAGCGCACCCCACCGGUGCUAGACCACGCUGCAAUGUUUAGUCAAUGCCGCGUUACGGCCAAGUUGUGAGAUGCCAAGCAUCAUUAUCCAGGAGAAUGUCUACAGUAGCAUUCUUUCUCGUUCACCGUGUUAUUCACUGUCUGGGACGACCUAUAGGCUAGUCCACUCCCUGGAUUAGACCACGUGUCGAGUUAACCGUUUGGGACAACAUUCAUGAGACCAUAUGUUUAGUUGACCGCCUGGGACAACAUACAGUCCAUGUCCUGGAUUAGACCUGGUGUUCAGUUCACCGUUUGAGACAACAUACAUUAGACUAUAUGUUUAGUUGACCGCCUGGGACAACAUACAGUCCAUGACCUGGAUUAGACCACGUGUUCAGUUCACUGACUUGGGCAGGACAUAACUCAUGCCCUGGAUUAGACCAUGUGUUUGGAGUGUAUUGUUAAAACAAUGUGUUUCAUUUUGACGUACGUGAGGCAGUUGGAUAAACCGGUUUAUGUUUUAAUCAACACGCUGCACCACUUGCCGGUGACGAAGACAAGGUAACUGUCACGCUUCAUUUACGCGCCGUAAAUCUCCAUCUCUCUCAUCGAGUUGGUCGGUAAGUCAUACUGGCUGUGUCGUCAGCCUUUGACUAGAUCUAACUUUAGUUCCACUAAUCAGUUAACAAUGGUUGGCUGGGGAAAACGACCGGGACACCCUUGUUACAUUUUGUCCCCAUGAUUUUUGUCUCGCCGCCCGUGUCACCCGAAUGUGUGCAUAGAAAAACCUGUGCAUUAUGUGCUCGAUGAUUAAAGAAUUUUGUUAAUAAAACCGAGUCAGAUGCACGCGUUUACGGCUGUGCUGUAGCCCGCCCUUUUUUCAGAAUCUUGAUUUUACUCAACAUAACGUGAUGGUAAAUACGUUUUUUGGGGUUGUUUUGUUUUUUAAAAACUAGUUUAAACAAAAAAAGUUAAACACUGUAAUUUGAAAUGUUUUAAUUUAAAAAAAAAAAAAGAGAUUUGAUCAGCAGUUUCAUUAUUUUGAGCUACUACAAGAAGUUAACCUCUUGAAACCUUCCAAAUAGUAUUACUGGCUUGGGCCUUAUCCCCUGUAGGGGGCUUUUUUGAUUUCACGUUGCCAGGUGAACGGCCUUCUCUGUCCACACGUGUGAUCCCCCUUCAUUCAUUGAUCCACUUGAAAAUAUGGAGGUGUAGUCAGUUCAGUACCUCAAAUCCUGAUGCCGCCAAGUGUUAGUUGAAGUGGAGCUUUACAUCUGACCUAAUCAAGAUGGCAAAAGCUCUUCAGUUUAAUGCUCUUUAAUGAAAAUGACGUCUGCCUAAAAUAUUUGCGGAUUGUGCAAUUGAGUCAUGCCUCACCGCCUUACCUCAAGGUUGUUAAUUAAAUUUGUCUUUAAUUCACAUUCUAAAUCAAAUAACAGAAUGCUUGGCAAAACUCUCCCCUUUCAACUGACUCACUGGUUAAUAUUUCAUUCAUCGCCCUCUUUCUUUCCCACAACCAUCCCAAUUUCAACAAUCCAUCUACCAGGCUUGGAAACAAAGAAAGGUGGGAAAACUCUGUGGUAUUUCUUAGUUUCCUAACACCUGGGUUUUGAAGAUGACUUCCACAUAUAAUCUCUUGUCUCACUGGGUAUACAAAUCUGUUUUCUGGUUGUCUGAGGUGCUGGUAUUUCACCUGGUUUUGACUUUCCCAACUCCCAAAGCAUAAGAUUGUUCAGGUGUCCAUACUUAUUUGAUCUGCUCUUAAAGCUUUAUAGGUCAUGUCCUUACCAUCAUCCAUUCAUUCUCUGUGAGUUAUUGUUGUUAAAGUUAGAUUAUAAUGUUUGAAUGAUGGGGGAAGUUUUGAUAACUGAUCUUUCAUUAAUUGUACUCCUUAAUACUUGACACUUCAAGAAACUAACGUUAUAACCACUGUAUUAAAGAAUGAAAACCAUUAAUAUGAAAGGUUUUAAAGUACACCCUUACAUUUCAUCAAGGCAGUCUGAUUACAAUUAAAGAUAUGUACCAACGUGUCUUUACUGUUAAAUAAAAAUAGCUAGUGUCACUGGUUGCUGUAUUACUUGUGUUUCUUGUUGUGUGUGCUUUUAACAAAUACAUUUCAGGUGUCUUGUUUUCACCCUUUUAACAGGGUCAUGAUGGAAUGAAAUGGUUUAUUUAUGUCAAAUUAAUUUCCAUCACUAAUUACAUUUUAAAUUUAAAUGUUUUGAAAAAUAAAUGUAAUUUCACAUUUUUUCAUGCCACUGAACCAUAACAGCCAUUCUUCUCUGUCUCUCUGCAGACACUACUUUUCAGCAGUGGGCCCGUAGCCUAAAACAAAGAAGGUGGGAAAGGCACUAGACAUCUGUACAAUCAGCUGCAUGAAAUGGCUGCUCGGCCAAAGUCAGCUAUAACAGUAAGUGUGCCAACAACAAAAAGAAAUUGUUCUGGUCAAAUAAUCUUUCUUAAUUAAUUCUUUUCUAAAAAUAAAUUUGAUGACUGGAAUUCAAACAAAUUUAAUUAAAAAAUAAUAUGUUUAUAGCUCAGUGGUUCUUAAAUUGGAUGGUACAGACCCCCAAGGGUGGUGGGAUGGUCCAGUGAAGGGGUGAGGGUGAAAAAAAGUUCAGUAGAUUUUGAGGAGUGCUUGAAAUACCUAGGGGCAAUGGAUUAUUUAAAAAAAAAAAAAAAAAAAAUAAAAAAAAAUUAAAAAAAAAAAAAAAAAAAAAAAUAAAAAAAAAAAAAAAAAAAAAAAAAAAAAAAAAAAAAAAAAAAAAAAAAAAAAAAAAAUAAAAAAAAAAAAAAAAAAAAAAAUUACAUAAAAUUUGAAGAAAAAAAAAAGAUUUACAUUUAUUAGAUCAUUAAUAGUAACAGCCUUUGAAUAGACAUCAGGGAAACAAUACAAGAUUCAUAAAUAGACAUCAGUGAAACAUUACAAAAGCCAUGAAUAGACAUUAGUCAAAAAUUAAAAGAGCUAUGAAUAGACAUCAGACAAACAUUACAAUAAGUCAUGAAUAGAUAUCAGUCAAACAUUAGAAUAGUCAUUAAUAGACAUCUGUCAAACAGUACAAGGGGCUAUUGACAACUAGAAAUAUUUAAUUAGUAAUCAAUAAAGUGUACAAAAGUGGUGAAUGCUCUUUAAAGAGGAGCCAUCAACAUAUUUUUCUACACAUUCACUGGACUCAGAAAUAAGAAAAUAAAUGAUAACGUUUAUUCAAGCUGGUGAUACCUAUAGACCUAUAGGUAAAUAUUACUCAUUGUUGUCAGUUUUACAAACUAUAUUAUAUAUUUUAAAUUAGAGUGCAAUGCUUUGUCAGAGAUGGUCCCAAUUGUGCUGACUGGUAGAAUCUAACUAGUAUUAGAUUGUUUCAUUUCAUGUCUUUGUUUUUAUAAAAGUUUGUCUAAAUUCAGAAGGCAGAUAAAUGUUAUUUUUAUAGUGGAGAGGGGUGGGGCUAUGCAGUGUGACUGAGUGGUGGGACUGUCUGGUGUGCAACUCUGGUGUGACUGUGUGGUGGGACUGGCAUAAGUUUGAAUACUUACAAAUUAACGAAAACUUCACAUUCAACGACAGGUUGUUACCACCUUGUUAUUUUCAAAAGUACCUGAUAUCUGUACUUUGUUUCAUUCAUGGCCAACAUCUAGUGGAUAAAAACUGGAAGUUUAUUGACUUUUAUAAUACCAGUGUGUAAGUCGAUUUUAGAAGCCAUUUGACAUUGUAGAAUGUUUUAAAAAGAAAAAUUCUUGUGGUAGCCUGAUCUGCAGGCACCCUGUUUUGUUUUGAAAAGGAUUUGAGUGAUCAUAGUAAAAUUUUCCAUUUGGUGCAGUCUGUGUCCAUUAGUAACACUAAUGCUUAACUAUACCAGAUAGUUUUGAAUAUUGUACAUAAAUUGUGUAUGAGCGAUUUUAUGAUCUUCUUUAAUUGAAAUUUUGGAUCCAGUUUUAGUUGCCGAAGCAUUUUUUUUUUUUUUUUUGAUGAAUAGAUAAUUCCAGCUAAAGGCAGAGCUUCAGAAAUUUGAAUUAUUAUAUAUCAAUUAAAAGUUCAUUUACAAAUACCAUGGUAUUGUCAUCCAGAUAGAGUUGUAACUAUUUUCCUGGAUAUUUUUGGUAGAGAGUAACACAGGGGGUCGCUAGGGAAAGGCUUAUGAUGCAAAGGGGUGAGGGCCAAAAAAAAGUUUGAGACCCUCUGUGAUAGCUAAAUUUUUUAAUUACAAUGGUUUUCUUUGUGAUUUUAAAUGAAACCAUGAACAUAGCUAGUUUAAAAAAAAUUACACUUCUGGAAUAUCGUAAUCAAUUCUUUGUUCAUUUCUUUUUUUUUUUUUACUUGGUUUUAUGAACCCUAAAUAUGUAGGAUCAGUUUUUGAACAAGCAUAAACCAUAUUGGAAGGCAAAAAAAAAUUUGUUUGCUCAGGGAUGAUUUUGUCAAACUAUUUGUUUACAAUUUGUGUCUAAUUUUUAUUUAAAUAUUACGAAAAUUAUGUAUUCAUCCUGUAUUAAUUUAAGCUUAAUUUCACCAACUUUUGCAAAAUAUAUUUUGAUAGCAUGUCCUUGCACCUUUACUUAUUCUAAUGACAGGCUGACACAGAUGUGAAUCUAGAUUUCCUCACUAAAGAGGAAAAAGAAGCUCUACUGUCCAAAAAAAUGGACAUGAUACGCCAAAGAAACAAAGCUCUCACAGAAAGACAUAAGGUUAGACUAGAUUUUUUUUUUGAAGCAGCUUUUUUUUAAAAACAUAAGUUUACCAAUGUUUCUUCAUGAAGUAGAAAAAAAGUUGGUAUUAAAGUUUAUUUAGAGCUUCAAAAUGUACAUUUUUAUCAUUGUGGUAUUUAUUUGUUAAAAAUACUUGAUUUUAACAGCUUAUUAAAAACUAUAUGCAAGUUCAUAUUUGUUGUUAUCCUAAAUCACUAAACUGAAAUUUACCAAAUGGAGUCCACUUAAUUAUUGAAUAAAACAAUUAUCUCUUCAUGUUGUACUGAUAUUUUUAUUCUAACAAAUUUAGAAGGGGCUAGAAACAAAAAACAGAUGUUUGAACUGUUUCAGUUUUAAAUGAAGGGAUGGUCAUGUAAAACACGGGCACUAAUGACUUAUUUCUUUUAUGAUUAUUAGAUUAGAUUACCUGUGUUAUAAUAAAAUUGAUUGCAAUGAUCUACAUUCAAUCUGAUUUUUAGAAAAUAAUUUAAAUUGGAAAAAAAAAAAAGUUUUUAUAUUUUUAAAAUUUUAUUUCUACAGCUUAUUGAGGAUGACAGAAGAAAAGCAGAAGAAUCUGGCCAAGCUGUGAAACCAGCUGUGGAUAGCCAGGUUUGUAUCUCUCUAAUGUUCACCAGUGAUUUAGAUUAAAUUAGAAAAGGACAUCACAGAAAGAUACUGCAACUGUUGUUUUUUAAACAUGUCCUUAAUUACUUAAUUUAAUUGUUUUGAAGGUGAUUAUUGCUAGAUUAUUAAAUUUUCUGCUACACAUUUAUGAAGUUUCCAUUUAUAUGACCAGACGCUCCCUGCUGAGGGUGCCUUUAAACCAAGAGGGCGCGGCAGAGGCCUGAACAACCAGAAGGAGGGCAACAAGCCUGGGAGAGAGCGGCCCAAGUCUUCUGGGGUAUUUUUGUGUUUAUGACUUUUUUUUUAUAAAUCAGUUUGUUAUUUGUAUCAACGUCAGACAUGGACAUGUUCAUGUCAUACAUAUGCUUCAGAUUAUUAUCAAACAGGAUAUCAUGUCCAAAUGAAAAGAUAUUAAACAAAUGUCUAAUAAUACUAACUUGAAGCUUAAAUGAGAUACAACUGUCAAGAAGAAGUUGAUAAGGUGGAUGUAAAAAUAAUUCAGUCCAGAAACACAAUUUUUUAUUUAUCCUUGUAAACGAGCCAUUAUGUCAAACGAGCUACCAUGUUGGUAUAUUUCUUAUUUCUAGGAUUUUCGUGACUCGCUAAACUAUGAACCCAUUGUGGACACUUCAGAUUUAGCCAAUUACAAGCAUGAACACAAGGGGCGAGGCCGUGGAGGACACAACCAGCAUCGGCCAGAUUUUGAAGCGCCAUCUGGCACACCCAAGAGCAGGAGGAAACCUGCAAAAGAAGAGGUAGGCCAUAGUUUUCUUAAGUAGUUCUGUUUAGUGUUUUCUGUUCUCCGGCAGUUGAGGUUCUAAUAUAUCAAAAGGACAUGCAUCUUGUGCAUAAUUUGUCUUAUGAAAAGUAUGUUUAAAUGUCUACAUUAAUCCAUUUUUUUCCUUUCAUUUCUUUUAUUUAAAUUGCUUAAAACCUUAUUAAAGGAAAAACAUGUAAUUUCAAUGAAGGGAAGAUAGUAAAUUAAAUAAUUAAUAAGUAUCAAUGGCAUGUUAACUACUGCUGUGCAUAUUCAUGAGUCUACGAUUCUCGACCCCCAACUAAGCCAUCAGUUACAUGUGUUGAAAAAAUUGCACAUUUCAGAAUAGUUAAAAAUGAUUUCUGUCUUUAAAAGUAACAUUUAGGUGAGACUAAAAAACACUUGUAAGUGAUGAGAACUGCAGCCAUGUAUUUAUGUUAGUGUUAGUUAUAUGGGGCAAAAAAGUAAUUGCUCAUAUAAAAACUAUUCAAAUUUUAUGGCAAAAAAAAAUUUGAAUUAGUAAUUGUUUAUUAUCAUUGAAUGUUGUUUAUUAUUAUUUUCUAAUACUAAUAACUACAGAUUAUUCAACAAAAAAAAAAAGAGUAGUCUCUGAAUCAAAUGUAUAGUUUAGUAAUUUUUUUUCUUUUUCUUUUCUCUUGAUGUGCAUACAUUUAAUAAUACAUUUCAUAAUAAUAGCUGAGAAAAUUGUUAACUGUGUCCUAGGUCAGUUUUGAGACUUAAUAUUAGUUUUCCCAUUAUUAAGAGCUCAUAUAUAGCAGUUUCUCACACUAUUUCUUGCUUGUCCCUCAUGCAGGAUGCUCCCAAUGAAUCUCAGAGUUAUACACAGGUGAUAGCAAGUGGUUUACAGUUUUACUUUCAUGUUUUUUUGCUAGCUUACUUUGUGUGUGUGUGCUUGAAGGUCUCACAUAAACAUCAUCACAUCUUAGUGCUGAUAAGUCAUUACAUCUUGGGGCUGAUAUGUCAUUAUAUCUUAGUAUUCUUAGUGUUGAUCCUUAAUCAUUCAUCAGAUGAUCCCACCCCCCAAACUUUUCCUCCAGCCCUCUCAUUUUAUAGAGUUGUAAAUGGUUUUGAAUAUAACAUGAAGAAUUUUACUUUCUCUUUUGUUUUAAAAGAAAAUCAUUUUCACCUUUUGCUUAAUUUUGCACAUUUUGAUAUCAUUUGAUACCCUCUAUUUUACUGUUACAUACUUAUGAUAGUUACACUUUCAUUUGAUUAACAUUUCAUUCUGCCUUAAAGUUUAUUUAAUGUAGCUGCUUGGGUAAUAUUAUUUAUUGUUCUGUGGAAUAUUAGCUGCCUUACAACCCAUUUGAAACAGGUGAUUUUCAAAGCUUUAUUUUUUAUUGGCUUGUAGUUGAAAAUACAAGCAGAAAAUCAAAUUCCGGCUUAUUGAAAAAGAAAUCUAAUGCCUUGUUAGAGGCUGAGUUGAAAACAAGAGCUUUUAACAUAUUAGAACUUUAAAUUUAUUACAUUAUCUAUAAAUCUCUUCAGAUUUUUUCACGUUAUACAGGGCAGUUUGGAUUAAGUUUAAAAAAUAAUACUCUCUGCUCAAAAGAUUUUUUUUUUUUGCCUAAUCACCCGUUUCAGCUGUUUUAGUUUUGUUACAUUGUCAUUAAUGUCUUUAAACCCGACAACUGUGUGCACAGGAUCCCUCUUGCCCUAGCAGCUUUGAGUAUGAGCCCAUCAUAGAUAUGAAAGACUUGGACAAACGAUUUGGGCCCUUAUCUAAGCCUUCUGAACACUGGAACGAUUCCAGGAGCCUUCACGUGAGUGCCUUCAUCUAUGGGGCAUUCAUUGUUCCUCAUCAUAUCUUAUAUGGACAUAUGAUCAUAAAGUAAUACAGGCUAACAAAAUGUAGUUCACACUCUCAUGAUUCUUCCUGGUGAAUGGUGCUCGUGGGUGCCUUUUAGAUAUCUUUGGAGGAGUUUAAAAAUAUUUGUAAAAAAUAUGACACGACCUUAGUACAUGCCACACAGCUUAAACGCUUGUUGAUUUGUAAAAUUCAAUGGUUUUGGAACUAAUUUGGUCCUUGCACAAAUAAUAUUUANCCCCCCCCCCCCCCAAUAUUUGAAUAUACCAAUAUUAAACUAAGAGCUUAUUAAAAAAUUAUCCACAAAACAAUUAUGAAUUAUUGUUAGGGAUUAAUUCCAUUUUAUACAAAUGCCUACUCUACUAUCUGGUGGUAGUGGAAGGAGGUAUGGGUGGAAAUAAUUGAGUUCCAUGAGUGGAUAUCAAAUAAGAAUCAUGGCCGUCAUAAACAUAAUUCCAUAAGCCCUUACACGCUUGACUAUGCUAGCUGCUAGUACUUAAUUGACUUUAACACAAACUACAAACGACUCACUUUUAUUUUGAAUUUUAAUUCUAUUUUAUUCGCACAGUUUCAAAUAAUUUUAUUUAUAAAGGUUAUCUAAAAAUAUUUAAUAUUCAAAAUAUUUAAAUUCAUGCAGAUGUGUUAAAAUUGACCAAAAAAUGUGUGAUUUAAAUUUUUUUUUUCAAAAACAAAGUUUGUAUGACAUUGUUGCAUAGAAUCUCUUAAAGCACCCAAAAUAUUUGAAUGAUUUAGUUAGUAUGGGUAGUAAACCCCUAUCCAAGGUAGCAACUUUCAAUCAAUUUAUUGGUGUGUAUUUUUUUCUCCCCAUGAUGUGCAUAUUUCAAAUGUAAACUUCUUGUUGCAGUGCUAACAAUUAGUUGUGCAAAUUGUACAGUACUUUCUAUCACCAAUAUUGCACAUUUUAACACUUUCAAUUCAAUAUAUCCUCAAUGAGCACUGAAGCCAGAAUGUCAUUUUUCUAAAGUUGAAUACCAUGUGCAGAGAAUUUAUUUUUAGAAUUUUGACUGACAAAUAAUCUUACUGUUCAAAAUCAGUUUCUGUCUUUUGGAGAGUCAUACUGUGAUACAUUAAAAUUUUAAUAAAAUAAGAAAGAAUAUAAACAAAUAUGCCACACCUUUAUGCAGUUUUGGUACCAUAUUAAAAAUGUCCCCAAAAAUGUAAAUUAUUUUAAGAAAGCUAAAAGGUUAAAAAAAAAUUAAAGUACCAGCUUUCCGCAUCCUACAUCUUUUUGUGUGCGUGAAGCAUUGGCCUAUGUCAAUGAAUUCUUUGCAUUAAUUAUUUAUUAUUUAAAACCAAGUGCCUUAGGUGUGAGUGUGUUAAUCUCCUGCUAAAAUGAAGUGAUCACUAACUUUAUUUACAAGUGACACUUCCUCUGUUUUUUUUCUUCAGUGGUGCCCUUACUAGAAUUUAUGAGCUUGAAAUGAUUAUUGUGUUUAAAACAACCCCCCCCCCUCCCCCCAUAUAUUAUGUUAAGAAAGCUAAAAGGUUAAAAAAAAAUUAAAGUACCAGCUUUCCGCAUCCUACAUCUUUUUGUGUGCGUGAAGCAUUGGCCUAUGUCAAUGAAUUCUUUGCUUUAAUUAGUUAUUAUUUAAAACCAAGUGCAUUAGGUGUGAGUGUGUUAAUCUCCUGCUAAAAUGAAGUGAUCACUAACUUUAUUUACAAGUGACACUUCCUCUUUUUUUUUUCUUUAGUGUUGCUCUUACUAGAAUUUAUGAGCUUGAAAUGAUUAUUGUGUUUAAAACAACCCCCCCCCUCCCCCCAUAUAUUUUAAGCUUUAAAAAUAAUGUUAUUUUUAAUUCUUUAAUCAAUACCUCAGAGGUUCUAUUUUAGUCACCCUGUCUGCUGUAAAUCUUUAACUAAUGCUUAAAUUGUUGAAAAGCUGUCUUUCAUAUGGAAAAUAGACAUAAUUACCAUACUUCAGCAUUUACACUGCUGAAAUCUAAUUUUCAUAUUUACAUGCUUCGUCAAGGCUAGAACUUGGACAUUUACCAUAGUACUUUUUGCUUCCAUCAUUGUGCUGUUAAAUAUCCCUUGCUCCAUUUUCUAGGGGCUGAUUCAUAUAGUUUUUUAAUUUAGCUAAAACAUUUUUCUGAUACAUACAAAACAAAGUAUAAAUUUCAUUGAUACAUGACCUUUUUUUUUUAGAAACUGCUCAGUUUAAAAUAUGAAACCAUUUGGCUACGUCAAUUGUUCAAUUUUAGGAUCAUAAAAAAAAUAGUCCAGUCUUAUAAUUCUUUUAAUUUUUGCAUUACGCCUGCUGUUUCGAUUGCUUGGGGAAAUGGUGAUUUUUGUUUCUAAUGCAUUUAUUUUCAUAACAUCAUUCCUGUCAUUUUAUGUAGGGAAGUCAUUCUGAGCAACGCAAACCCUAUAGAGUGCAUGAGGAUGUAAGUACACUAUUUAAUCAUUAUAGUUUAAAUAAGAUGAUCUUCAAACAAAAUAGUGGUAUGAAAUAUUGACUUGAAGUUUGUAUGGAAAACAAAACGUCACGUUGAUUUUAAUGCAAGUAGAUCCCGGCAUUUGUUGAGUCUUCCAAAUAUAUAUAUCAGGGUUGUGGCCUAAAUUUAUCUUUAUAUUUGUUUAAAAAAACAACAACUCCAUAAUAGAAUUUUUGUAGCCAUGUGUGCUAACUCAUAUCCAUUAUGGCACCACUCCAUUUCACCAUCCGAAUUUGAAUCAUUCCAUUACACCAGCUUUUUGAGGAAAGUUUUUCCUGCUUAUAGUUUCAUUGGAUAUGUUAAUGUCUUUCAAAACUAUGUGUCUUAAAUAAGAACAAACUCAAAUGAGAAGAAAAAAACUUCAUUGAAUUAUCUAAGUCUUUUUGGUGUAUACUCUCAUUUUUUAGAUUAGAACCUCCAUAAAUACUGUACAAAAGAAUUUGAUGUGUAUGAUCCUAUACAUUUAUUCCACUAUUUCCCCCAACUGGUAGUGCAAAAGGAACACCCCUGAGAUGCAUACUUUUACUAUUGCCAUUCUCAAGUCAUUUUUUCCCUUCCCAAACAUUAUGAUCAUCACUGGCUGCUGUUCGUUUCAUUAAAAAAGCUUAAAGCCGUUUUACUAUGUGUAGGGUAACUCAAUAACAUCACUUUUUGUUACGUGUGCCGUUUUUAACACAAUAAUUCAAACGCAUGGGUUGGAGUAGUUGACACAUGUUAUAGUCAACGGCACUUGAUGAGUUUUGUCAGGUCUCUCUGGCCACCAAGCUGAGAAAUCUUCUUUAAGUUCUCGUGAUGAUGUGUUCGGUGAUUGACCUUUUCUCUUGUUUGAGCAUACUUUUUGACCACUCUGGGCAUGCUUGCCUGCUUGUGUUGAUUUCAGGGAAAAUAUGGCCACAAACAAAAUUCAAGAGAUAACAGGAAUGAAGGCGGAACACAAGAAGAUAGUGUGAGUUCUACUCUCAUUUCAAGUACAAGUGCUGUUCUUAGUAAACAUAAUUCAAGCAAUUUAAAAUGUAAAAAAGACAAAAUGAGAUAUAUAUAUAUAUAUAUAUAUAUUUAUAUAUAUAUAUAUAUUUAUAUAUAUAAUUAUAAAAAAAAGGAGAGCUGUUUUUUAAAUUUAUUAAUAAAACAAAAUUAUUUAUGGUUGUUGGGUUGUAAAUGUUUAGUUUUGAUGUUAGUGUUUAUGAGAAAAUCUAUCAAGAUAGUUAUAAAAAUAGUCUUAAAAACUCAAUUCUUUUAGAAAUCAACACCACUUACCAUGCUUUAUAUUUAUCAAGCGAUCUAUUAUUAAAAAAAGGUCAUGCAUUCAUUUCGCUUUUUGAAUAUGCUACUGACAUCUGACCUUUCUUGGUGAAUGGCUAAAGUUUGGUAACACACAAGGCGUCAUUUUUGCAUGCCAGCUACUAACUACCAUUUAUUUCCUCCCUGCAUGCAGCCCCAGGGCACCACCAAUGGCAGAGUCUACAAAGGGAGACUCAAAGACAAUGAAGUAAGUUGCUGCUGCACACAGUCCCUAUGAGGACAUCACAUCUUAAAAACAUUUCACUGAUAAGACCAUAGCUAUGUAAAGAUAACAGGGGUGUCUCUUUAGUUUCAAUCUUAAACAUGAUUUAUUCCCAUCUCUAUGAGGAGAAACAUCCGUAUAUCAGUCAUUUUAAAUUAAUUUUGGCUGACUUCAAGAAGGUGAUGUGACAAGACUUUUACUUAGACACCCCCCCCCCCCCCCCCCCCCCCCCGUUGUACCACACUUUAGUAUCUUAUAGCUACCAUAUAAACCUGUGUAUAGUUCAAGAAAUUUUAGUGGUAAACUUCAGUUUAAAGCACAGAGUCGACCUACCCAUGGGUCAAUGGUGCUAGUUUCGAUUGAAUUUCGUACAUGGAAUGCGGGGCAGUAUCGAGUUACCGGUAGUGCUAGUGUACUAACUGGUAGCUGUAAGUUGACCCAGAUGCCGGGUACACACACAGAGACAAAAACAACUGUUGAAGCUUGACUGAAAUCUGAUAGCAAGCCACAUGCAUCAUCACUGACUGCUGAGUCUGUGAGCCUCAAUAAUAUGGAGGAGAGAGAACAAUGAUAUAAAUGGCGGGGCUGUCACUCGAUAGUGUAGGCCUAAGGACACAGACCAUAGUUUAUUUUACAGGGCAGCGAUUGCUGCUAGGUAAACCCUGGGGGCUGUCACUCGAUGGUGUUGUCCUAAUGACACAGACCAUAGUUUAUUAUACAGUGCAUCGACUGCUGCUAGGUAAACUGACAAAAUUAUAAAAAUCACAGAAUUUCAUACCUCCAAGUUUUACCCUCGAUUUAUCCAUGAGUCAAAGCAUAUUUCACAAUUAUUAGAAAGAAAAACUGUCCUUGACUUAUAGACAAGUAUAUUAGAUACUCAAGAACCUAUGAAAGGACAACUCACAGUGUUAGCUAUUUUUUUUUUUAUCUUGGUCCUUAAAAGAAUUCAAAAUUCAUACUUUUAAACUCAAUAACAUGUAACGAGUUCUUUGUACAUCUAUUAAUGUAGUGCUUAUUAAAAAAAACAGUAAUGUAAAAAUUGAUUGAAAUCUGUACUUAAAUGUGCAAUAUUUUUUUUUAUGUUCAUUAGGGAGUAAUGUAACAAAAACACAAACCACCCAUACAAGUUAGUACCAAACACUUGCUUACACUCUUAAUGAAAAAGCAAAACGAGGUAUGUGGACGCUUGAAUUUAAGGACAGGACAAUAAGAUUAGAACGUUUCGGCAUAGAGCCUUCUUCGGCGACAGGACAAAUGAAAAUAUCACAAGGAACAGAGCUCAGUUAACUACUCAAGAAAUAUCCAUUGUUGUUACUCUACUUCCGGCAACAACAAUGGAUAUUUUUCUUGAGUUGUUUACUCUGCUCUGUUCCUUGUGAUACUUUCAAUUUUCCACAUACCUCGUUUUGCUAUUUCAUUUACUUAGCUUGAAUGCAGUCCUUUAAUUAUUAUAUUUUAGUCUCUUACAAUCUUAAACAAGAAAUUUUUAAUCAAGAAUCUUAAUAAACUCUCUUUAUAGUACAUCUUUGGGGGGUUUUAAUUUCACUUUCUUCAAUGGUUAUAUUUUCAAUGGUGACUUUUCCAGGGCCCCCCACCAGAUCCCUCCUUCAACCCAUUGGCAGAUCGCAGGCGCUCUGAGAAGAAGGAGGAACCGGUUGACCACCGUCGACACCCCAGGAACUACGGGGGCGGCGCUGACCUGACUCAGGUCAAGAAGACCAUGAAGAACAUGAGAGAGAAGGUGCGUGCUCUUGUCUGGUCCAGCUGUGCAAGUUUAUGAGUCUGACUUUCUUUUGAUGGCAACCAACUGAACAUACAAACCCUUCUGUUACAGCAGUCUUACUUUUUUCUUUUAUGCAUGAAAUUGUAGGACAAGGUGUGUUGAAGCCAGAAUCAAAAGAUAGGACAAUAAGAUGUGAAUGUUUCGGCUUAGAGCCUUCUUCAGCGAACAGGACAAAUUAAAGUAUGACAAGAGACAGAACACGGUAAAACAAUUAGAGAUCUCCUUUGUUGUUGCCUCAAAGUAGGAAGAAGGCUCUAAGCCGAAACGUUCACAUCUUAUUGUCCUGUCUUUUGAUUCUAGCGUCAACACACCUUGUUCUAUUUCAUUCACACAGCUUGAAUGCAGUCAUUAAAUUAUUUGCUUUUAUGCAAAGAUUUUUCUUUGAUUUGUAGAUGGCUUAACGGUCAGUUGGGGUGUUGUAAUCAGUGGGAGUCAGUUUGUUAUGAUAGGCCUACUUGGGGGUAUUUUGAUCAAAACAACAUAAAAGAACUUCCACAGAUUAAAUAAAAUUGAUCCCAAGACUUAAAAUUUUGAUUCUUGAUAGUAAUAUAUCUUCCNCCCCCCCCCAAUGAGAACAUCAGGUGCAGAGGGAUAGAAAAGGAUGUACUUAAGAAAGAGUUAGAGAAGAUCGCACAAGAGCCGAUUUCGUGGAAAGAUAUUACUGUUAAUGGCCUAUGCUCCACCUGGGAGUUGAAAAAGGCAAAGAAGAAGGAUGAGGGUAUUUCUUUAAGUUGUCAAAACAUUUCUUAAUAAAAUGUGGAAGUAUAUUCCAAGAAAACUUUCUUUCACUUGCAUGGUAUUUUUGGUCUAUGACUUAUUCACUACCCUAACUAAGAGGUUCCCAAAAGAUCAAUUUUCUGUAUUUGAAGGAGAAAGAGCGUCCCAUCGGCAAUAAACCUUUGGAGAUAGUCAUGACAGGAAAGGAGAGGAGGAACCAUGAAGAAUGGAAGGCAGAGAGGGAGAAGUACGAUCAGGAGCGCAUCCAGCGGCAGCUGAACACCGUGGGAAGCUGGAAACGUGCAUGGGACGCAGAGAAGGUUAAUCAAGAGUAAGUCAAUCGAUUUGUCCUAGUUUUUUUUUUUUUUUUAUAAAGCGUGCACAUCACCAACAUGAUUAACUCUUAGAUUUAAAUUAACCCUCUCUUUCCUAACAUUUUAUUAUUAUGUAAUUGUGUUCUGUAUAUCUAAAANACCGUGGGAAGCUGGAAACGUGCAUGGGACGCAGAGAAGGUUAAUCAAGAGUAAGUCAAUCGAUUUGUCCUAGUUUUUUUUUUUUUUAUAAAGCGUGCACAUCACCAACAUGAUUAACUCUUAGAUUUAAAUUAACCCUCUCUUUCCUAACAUUUUAUUAUUAUGUAAUUGUGUUCUGUAUAUCUAAAAAAUUAUUAAGACGUAAAUCUUAGCAAAAUGAUUUAAGUGUUUACCUGUAAACUCUAAACAACUUUUAGUAAAACAAUGUUUCUUUGGAUGUUUAUUUAGGUAAAGUAGGGGACACUGGUCAGUGGAUGUGGUCUGUUAUAUUUAAAAAAAAAAUUACUUAAAUAGAUCAUUUUUAUACAAACAUGAUACUGCAUAAUUUUAGACUGAUCAGCCUCUUGGUUUCUUUAAAUGAAUAGUUUUUAAACUGUAACAAAUUUCACUGUCGGCUAUAGCUAUUUUAUGUCUGCUAUCUGGAGUCAGCCAAAGGGGAUACCCGAUGGUGCUACCUCAGGUUAAGUAGAGUUGAAUGUCCAUAUCCAUUAGGGUGGGUGUUUGCCACAAAGUCUUUUAAGCAUGUUCUCUAAUUAUUAUAGCUAGUGUUUCUAUUAAAAGAUGUGAUGGAAAGCAAUACAUUUUAAACUGCUGAGUUGACUUGUAUUAAAUUAUUAUUGUGUGCUUCUCUUUGCCUUUGAAGGUGUUUCUGUUUGUAUGGAUCAAUAAGAUAUUUCUAUAAUGCCACACAUUUUGUUCAUAUUAUCUGACAGGACUGAUGACUCCUCUCCUUAUUCAUCUCGGUUGGAGCCAGGCAAACGUCCAGGUCUGUAAAUAUAUAGGUAUAUUUGUUGGAUUGUUGCAUGCAGACUUUAAGAAGAAAGUUUUAUUGAAUUAGAAAAAAAUAAAAGUUAUAAUGUUAUAAAUUAGUUUGAGAAUCACAAGAGCUGUUAUAUCACCCUCUUUGAGUAUGAAAUAAUAAAAAAAAAUAGAGGAUGUGGUAUCAACAAAGGUGACCUAUGAACAUUUAUAACUAGACCGGACCACAUAUGCAGCACAGGGACAUGAACAACUUCUCAACUUUUUUUUUUUUUUUGCACUACUAGAAAAGCAGGAGGAUCACUGGCCUCACAAAUAAAGAGCACAUCAGAAUGUUGGAUUAUCUAACAUUGUUUUAUUUCUUGUUGAUAUUUUUAUUUUAGGGAAUACUGCUUUGUACACAAGUACUGGCACUGCUGUGUACACAAGUACUGAUACGGCUUUGUACAUAAGUACUGGUACUGCUUUGUACACAAGUAACGGUACUGCUUUGUACACAAGUACUGUACUGCUUUGUACACAAGUACUGGUACUGCUUUGUACACAAGUACUGGUACUGCUUUGUACACAAGUGCCUGUACUGCUUGGUACACAAGUACUGGUACUGCUUUGUACACAAGUACUGGUACUGUUUUGUACACAAGUACUGAUACUGCUUUGUAUACAAGUACUCAUGCUCAUUGAAUCCCCUGUGGCUUACGUUUAAAUGAAAAAUGGAAGAUACAGUACUAUAUCAGUUGUCCCACACACUGUAAAAGCAACUGUUAUAGUAUACCUUCACAAUGAAGUCCAUCUCUAGCCCAUUUUGACCUUGUUAACAUCUUGGUCUUUCUACUGAUAAGCUUAUCAGCUUCAUUUUGAAUUUCUAUUUAGCAAAUACCAAUACCUCUGUGAAAAGAUAGAUGAUAACGGACCUCUCUGCAUCUGCAUUGGGUAUUACAUUUGAAUAAAACCCUGACCAAAAAUGCGCCCUGAAUGUUGUAGUCAUGCUGAUAAUGAUUGGAAAAUUAAAAUUUUUACAGCUUAAGAAUUUAUUAUAAUGCAAAGAGCUGGAAAUCUGAUGUCAAGGUAAUGCCGUUCAUGUUAUUUAUUUUAAAGCUGGUCGCAUAGGUAGUGGCCGCUUUGACAGGGGAGAGAGAGACGAGCGUCCCAGAAGUGCAGUGAUAGGGAAAGGUACACAAUGGCAUGACACAUUUCCUUGAGUUUGUCAUUCACCACGGUCAUCAUGAUUUAGUUUGCAACAUCUCCAGAAAUCUCUCAUUGUCAUCCUCUUGUUCGUGUGCUUAAUCUGUUAUUCCUGUACUUAUAAAGAAUAGCAUUUUUUCAAAAUGUUUCUUUAGAGGUGAGAAAUACCGAUUGCCGUCUAGUUAAAAGUUAAAAACUUUAAAUGAAAGCUUUUCUGAGAAUGACAAAGCCACAUUUAUAAAGUGCGUAUUGCUUAUCAUGUAAGACUGCUGGUCAAGUCCUGCCUGAAGAUUGGACAUAAAUUGCCUUUGGUGGAUGGUGUCUUGCAACAGACUGAAAUGGAGCCCUAACUUGCUUCUUUUAUUUAUCCUUGCAAACUGCUGUCUCUUUAUCUCAUCCUAUUUUAAAAGAAAACUUAAGAAUCAAAUGAGCGAGAGGUUACCACUGGAUCUGUUAGCAGCUUAUCUAAGUUAACGUUCAUUAAAAAUAUUUUUAAAACUCAAAGAAAAAUGAAUUCAAGGCAGAAGAAAGGAAUCUGUACACUUUGUGCUUGGUAUAAUUUUGUGAACUGACAAACUUUUCAGUGAGUCUCUAGUAAGCCGAUACAAUCAAAAAUAAGGCAUGCAUGUUAAAAGAAAGGAUGCAUGGAUUUUUAAAAUUUUAUUUUAUCAGUUAUUUCCCCUCCUUCUUUCAUCCUCUGGUGUUUGGAUAGAUCACUGGUCAAAUAGACUUACUUGGAUUUUGUUAGCUGUUCUUUCUUUAUUGCUCAAAUCAAAUUCUUUUAAAUUGCCCCAAACCGUUCAUUGAAAUGCCACAAACUGUUACAAUGCUUAGAAGGUAAAAAACUUAUCUAGAGAGGCAUAUCGUUUUAAUUUUUUUAUGUUACCAUGUAUUUGAGUUACAUUCCUGAGAAUGUCAAUACCCACUGCUGCUAUUAGGCCAAAGAAGUCUUUUUGGCAUAAAGGAUAUGUCAAUAUUAUACUGCAUGUGACGAUGUAAGUUUAUGUUCUAUAAAUAACCUGCUACCCUAAAAAACUAAUACAUGCACAUCAGAAUGGGGCUAUGAGAUGAAUGAUGUAUCCUAGAGAUAUUAUUUAUAUUAACAAUGUAUACUGAUCAGGUGUUAAAAUUUCUAGUUGUUAAGGCAUCAUAUUAUACAAAACAUUGAUUAAAUUUCUUUGCAUUUUACGAGUUUCUUACUAAAUGCCAUGAAUAAUAAGUAAAUGUGUUUCAAAGAAAAAUAAUGAGAACGGGCUUAAGAUUGUGGGGGGGGGGGGGGAACAUUGGUAUUAAGAUGAAAGUAUUGGCUCCGUCUUUGGGCCAACUGACUACACAUUUUAUUUUUAAAAAAUUAUUUUUUAUUUUAUGAAAUCUCUUUCAGCCUAACUAGAGCCAAAGUAAUCCAUGUUUCCCCUCAAGUCUGGCUUUGUUGGUGCUUUUGUUGCUAUUGUAUUAUAUUAAGUUGAUAUUUUAUUCAUCAGCUUGUUCUGUUCAGUUCUGAAUGUUUAAACUUUUUGUUUUAUUAUGUUGAGUUGUUAGAAUUCCAUAAAGCAUCUGCUUGUUGGUUAUUUAAAAAUUUUAUUCAUAAUUUCAUCUAAAAUGUUGAAUAUCCUUGUAAGGCUUAGUUUAUUCUAACUCAUGUUGGACUUUUAUUUUGAUUGUAUCUAAAUUACAAACUUAUCUCUCAGAAUUAGAAAUAUGCAAAAUAUUCACUAAUGUUUUAUUUGAAAAAUCAGCAAGGAACAUUGUUUGCAAUUCCAAAAAUAUAUUUAAAAUACCCAAAUUAUAUUAAAAUAGUGCAAGAUUGUAAAUUUAAACUUUAAAACCAUUAUUAUGUUGUUUAAAGUAUAAAAUUUUAAAACUGUCCAUCAAUUAAAUUAUGUAUGGGUAAAAAUAUAGUAACUGCAAAAAAAUUAAAAUGUGUUUGCAGGUGGGCUGCAGUUGCCAGAUACCGUGCCACAGGUACACCUACAGCGUCACCAUCCGGACCAACAGGCACCGCAGUCACCCCAACAUGCCCACCAUUCACCCGGGGAGGCUAAGAUUCAGCGUGGCCGUGGAAGAGGUAGAGGAAGAGGUCGUGGGCGGGGCAAUGGGCCGGGGGAGAAAUCUCCACGUCCCAGAACUUGGUCCGGUGGAGAGGACCGUUUUGUGGAGUGUCAGAAAGAGCUGCUGCUGGUCAAAUUUGAUAACACAGCCGGUGAUAACAGUGUCGAGGUAGAGUAUGAUGAUGCGGAUCUCCCAGGCUCACCUCCUCCACCCGUCAAGUCCUACCCAGCAACCAGCACGCCUGGUAGAGGGCCCACGGGUCGCACGCCAAACCAAGGUCCCAAACAGCCUCAGCCGCGUGGUGGAGGCAAGCAGCAGUUCAAGUCCAAGUCCACAACCAAGGACAAAACAAGUCACCAGUCUUCCAACGAUAACACGGGGACGGCUCUGCCUGCCACCUCAUCUUCACCUUUACCCCAAGAUGAGCCUCAGAAGCCUUCUGGGGUCAACCCAGCCCCUGAUAACGUCAGGGUGAGAACGUCUUCCCAUUCACAGAGUUAUGGGGACAGUGAGGAGUGGGAGGAUUGCACAGAGUCCUCUGGUGCCCAGGAGGAGGACUACGUAGGUGUCAACAAUGACAUCUCUGCUGAUGGGAAGGAUCUCCACCUUGAGUGCAGACUCAACCCUGAAGCCCCGGAGUUCCUGCCCACGUCCCCAGAUUUCAUGAAGACCCCACCGGGGCAUGUCAAAGUGCUGAACUGGGCAAGCGACGGUGGCCCGACAUCCCCACUCUCCCAAGGCUCUGUGACGUCUCCACUGCCCCUCUCCCAGGGAAUAAACCUCUCACCCAACCCAGUUUCGCCUUCUCAUUCCCUUGUCACCUCCUCCCCGGGGUCUUCUGCCUCCACCAAAGCUGCCAAGCGAAGAGAGGAAGAGGAUGUCAUGCCAGAUCCUGACCAGCCAUUUGUUCCCCCUGAACUGAUCACAGUAUCUUCGGAAGUCAAGAAGAAUGUGGAGGAGGAAGAAGAAGAGGAUCAGUUUGAGGACUCCAUUGAGUCUACUCCUGUGUCUGCCAAUGAUACUCAAUCGGUAAAUUCGCACUCUUUCUAGACACUCACUUCAUAACUUAUUUAAAAGCCCUUAUUAUUAGUGUUAUAUCACAACUGAAUCAAAUAGCGUCUGCAUUAAUUCCUAUUCAAAUCAAAAUGUUUUUAUCAAUUGUGUUCCUAGAAAUGUUUUGAAAUUCCAUUGAAUUGAUCAGUAUCAUUGUCUCGGGGCAUGUUGCACUCCAUAUAAGCUCCUCUUACUUGUUUCUUUUAAUUGACUUUUUAAUGCUUUUCAUUCAAUGGGCUGCAAACAUUUUGAAUUUGUAUAAUUACCAGGCUGAAGAAGGUGUUCCUGCACCACAUGUCAGUUCUGAACCAACUAAUGAAGCUGUAGAGGACACCAACACGCCUGUUGAAGCUACAAGUACUGCUGAGUCGGUCAAUGCCACCAAGGAAGAAGAAUCCAGUGCCAGUCCAAAUAUUGCAGUAGAGAAUUCACAACAAAUUUUUCACCCCGUCAUAGAACCACCAAAAGACCUUUCAACUACGGAAGAUCCAGACGUUCCCAUUGAAGGUAAAGAAGCCGACUCUCUUGCUGAACAGCAACCAUUGCCUAAUGAGUCUGUUGUUCCCAGCAAUCCACCUGGCCCAUCUGACGAUGGGGGAGUUAGGUCAACGGAUGGCUCUCAGCCAGGUCACCUUGAAGAUGCUGGCGGUGAACCUGCGGAGAAUGGGAUUGACACUGAAAGUUUAAGCUGCUCCGAGCCUUCCAAUGCAGUUUUGAACGAGGUCGUACUCGACUCAACCAAAACUGGACCUGAUGUUAAAGAACCAAAGACCGUUACCUCUAAUGGUCCUCACCCUGAGGGCGACAGCAUCGCUGCUGGUGAAACCCCGGUGGCUAACGGUUGUGUCCCAGAGACAUUGCCCACUGCUGAAACACAAUCUCCACAUUCAUGAACUUACUCUUGGUAAGUGUUAUGUAUUCUGAGUUACCUUAGCAAUUAGAUUUUAAUCAACAAAUUAAUACAAAGUAAUACAGGCUAACAAAAUGUAGUUCACACUCUCAUGAUUCUUCCUGGUGAAUGGUGCUCGUGGGUGCCUUUUAGAUAUCUUUGGAGGAGUUUAAAAAUAUUUGUAAAAAAUAUGACACGACCUUAGUACAUGCCACACAGCUUAAACGCUUGUUGAUUUGUAAAAUUCAAUGUUUUUGGAACUAAUUUGGUCCUUGCACAAAUAAUAUUUACAGUUUGUUGUUGUUUACUCUUNCCCCCCCCCCCCCCAAUAUUUGAAUAUACCAAUAUCAAACUAAGAGCUUAUUAAAAAAUUAUCCACAAAACAAUUAUGAAUUAUUGUUAGGGAUUAAUUCCAUUUUAUACAAAUGCCUACUCUACUCUCUGGUGGUAGUGGAAGGAGGUAUGGGUGGAAAUAAUUGAGUUCCAUGAGUGGAUAUCAAAUAAGAAUCAUGGCCGUCAUAAACAUAAUUCCAUAAGCCCUUACACGCUUGACUAUGCUAGCUGCUAGUACUUAAUUGACUUUAACACAAACUGAGUUACCUUAGCAAUUAGAUUUUAAUCAACAAAUUAAACUAAGAUGACAAGCAUAUUGAGAACUCAUAAUCUGGUGUUUUGAAUAUUGAUAUCAAUAUUUGGGACAUACAUUCCCCCCAAAAAUGUCAUUGGGUUAUUCAUGAUAGUGUAAUUGUGAUACUUUCGAGUGCAGUUGUGAUAGUUUCAAGUGCAGUUGUGAUAGUUUCAGGUGCAGUUGUGAUUGUUUCAGGUGCAGUUGUGAUAGUCUGAAGUGCAGUUGUUUAUGUUAACCAUGAUUAGGAGACUUUUACCUUCAGUAGCUGUUUGAAAAUAAGCAGGAUGUCAGGGCUGGAGAAAAUUUAAAUUUAGCUAUAGAACCACUGCACUAGAAUAACAGACCUGCCAACCCUUUCAAUUUUAUCGGAAUUAUAACUUUUUUUUACCCCUCAUGCUGACCUUCCGACAAACCCCUUAAAAUUCAGAUUUUAUGAGCAUUAUAAUUUUCCAUCCGUCAUAAAAAUCAGAAAGUGAUAAAAAAUCUGGUACUACAGGAAGUGGUGCAUUUCGAUGAUGGCACACAAAGUUGCACGAGGUAUUAUGCGCAAGAUAAAUGUCCAUCAGCCUUGUACCGUGACCGCUAAUAGUCGAUCAGAGUUUAUUUCUUUUCAACAAAUUCAAGAUAGUCUGGACAUUUCGCAUGAAAAAGAAAUAUGUUCAAUUCUACAAAAGAAAUACUAGAACAAAAUCUGGUUUAUGCAAUAAAAAAAUGUUUAAAAAGUGUUAAAUAAAGCAUGACAUCCCCGCGGGAUAAAUAUCUCCCGCACUAUUAGUCUGGUCACCAGACGUGUAGACACUGCCUUGUUUUUAUCAAAGCGAACUGCAAUCUCCAAAUUAGUCUUCAAUCACAAAUUGAUCUGAUCAUGAUUUAUCCUUUAUUAUUCAGUUGUGUUGUGACUUUUUUUGUGGUUAAAUUUGUUCUUAAUUAGAUGGAUAAAUCUACACAGUUGUGUUGUGACUUUUUAUUUGGUUACAUUUUUUCUUAAGUAGAUGAAUAAAUCUAUUCAAAGUGGUAACAAUGAUAUUAAUUAACAUUUAAAAAAAAACAAAAAACAUUCAACUGCAUCUAAAAGCAGUGAAUCUAUGACAUCCAUAUUUAAUUACUUAGCUAACGAAUUGGACGAUUCAGUUAUCUGAUCGGAUGUUUUAUUUCUCUACCCAACUCCGAUCGUUUUAAUGCCAGUGUCAAAGAAAUGUUUCCAGACUUGCAGAUUGCGAGAAGAUUGUGAAGAAAAAUGACAAUGAAACAAGUGUAAGCUGAUAUUCUAUCUAACCUGUUUGUAACUAAAAUCAAUUGCACUGCUCACCUUCAGUUGUCCAAAGAGCUGUUGGACACGUGCAAAAAGGUCACUAGGGAUAAGCUGGAAAGCUUAACUCUUAGCAGCCUGUGUACAUAUUGUAAAUAAAAUGGAGAUUCUGUUUUGUAUAUAUCUGUAUACAAAUACAAACAUUUACAGUAAUGUUUUUCUCAUAUUCUGUGGUGUAUUGUGGACUCUUCAAAAACAAAAGGAGAUAGAUAACUUUAUAUUUCUUUAUUAACUAAAAAAAAAAAGGCUUGUGCAUUAGUAUGUAGAUCUUAAACCAACGACCCCCCCCCCCCCCCCCCCCCCCCCCCCCCCCNCACAACCCCCCCCCCCCCCCCCUCAGAUUUUGUUUCUUGGCAGGUUCCGGAAUAACAAUUAUUUUGGCUUAUUCCAACCAAAUUUACUCAAGCUUGGUCCAUGGAACACCAUAUGUUCACAUAAAUAAAUCAAAUUGUUGGAUGAUCACUUCUGCCAAGUGUCACCUUGUUAUUGGAUAGUAAUUCUUUCAACUCAUUGCAGCAACUUUAAUACUUUUUCCCUGUACCAGUAUUUUUUGUACUUUUAAAAUUAUAGAUUAACUAUUAAAAUGAAAUGCUAAAUAUACCAAACAGGUUUAUGAUCAUGGUGCUUUGAGAAUUUUAUCAUAGGAAAAUAAUUGGUUGAAAUUUGAAAUACUACUAACUUGAAUUAAAAGUGCACUAUGAAAUGCUGUGAUGCAAGACGAAUAAUUCGUAUUUUCACUUUUAUUCCACAGUGACCAAUAGCUGUACCGCAUCUCCCCAGAGGAGCAAAUGAUCUAUGCAGAGGGUCAAGAUAAAUAUUCAUGAGUAAAACAUUUUUCAUGUUUCGAACUUGAACCUAGCACCUAAAGGCUUUUGACAUUAUGUCAUGUAACUUGUGUGAAGUUUCCUUUUUAACCUAAUUGAAAUAUGCAAUCCAAGCCCGUAGCCAUUAUUUUGUGCCGCCCGUGAAACAUAAACCACUUGAGGAUGACAGAAUAUCUGGGAAGAGAGAAAAACCACCCCCCCACUUCAUUAUAUAUUGUGCUACUGACUUUUCUUCUAUGUUUUAUUUUUACAUUUAAACCAUUGUGAAUGAAGGAACGUCCAUGAGAGCAGAAUGCUUCUUAACAAAUAAAAGUGCAUAGUCUGGUGAAUGAAUUUUAAAUAAUUUUUACUUACAGUUUGCUGCUGAAGCUUUGCUGGCUUAUAUUCCACCUGAAUUUUAUCUUUAUGUAACCUUAUUGGCUCCUUACGCAAUAUAUUUUAAACUGUGUUGAUUAUUCAAUAUUUUUUUAAAACAAUAUUUCGAUCUAUGUCCAGUCAAUCUUUUGAUUCACUAUAUGCAGGUAGUUGGUUUUAGUUUGACAUCUAUCACUCUACACAUUUUUUUUUACCUUUUCAAAGGAUCACAUCUAAACUAGAGAAUUUUUGAAAGGUUUACUGCUACUAAAUCACUUUGUAUAUAGAAAAGUUCUUUCAAGCCUAUACUUAUGACAGUGUGCAAUAUCAUUGCUUUUUUUUUUUUCCCUUCUCCAUACCAAUUUGUGUUAUCUUUUUUUGAGGUCAUACAAUUUGUGUUAUUUGAAUGUAAUAUGAGCCACAUAAACUGUCAUAGAUAUUAUGCCGGUUACUGAUGAAUUUUUAUGUUUCUUUUUUUAAAGUUGUUAGUGCCCCCAUUUUUCUAAUGUAUACAUUUGUUUUUUUAAGAUGCUUAAGACACAAAAGCAAUAUCUGGGAAUUUUAAAGUUCAUGAUCAUGGUUUUUUAAUGCAUUUCUGUUUGUUUGUUUGAUGCAAACCCAACAAACUUUGAACACAAUGAUCACACCACGGACAUCUGCUCAACUGGAUUGUAGACUUUCUUUGACAUCACCUGUUGUCAGUUUACGAUCUUAAUAUACCACAACAGCUUUCUCUGUUGUUUUCCCUGCCAGAAUUGAUACUACAGCUUUCUAUGUUGUUUUCCCUGGCAGAAUUGAUUUAAGCUUAAAGGUUGGUGAGGGUAAUACAUUUAUAGCUCCAUGCUGUUUUAAUGAUGCUUCACCAGUUAUGUAACGCGAGACUGACAUUCAAUACUAAAAGUAAUUUCAUACCAUUUAUUAAACCUUCAUGAAACCAGAGUUCCAUUUAUCUUGAAAUGCUGGUUUCCUGGGGCUAAGAUUUUGUAUGUACCCUUCAACUUGUGCUUAUGUAGGCUGUAAAUGUUUAUAACACUGUCAUUUCCUCUCUAAUAGAUUAUUAAAAUGUAUUGCACAUACCAUGCCAUGAAUAAAUGAUACAGUACAUGUGAUGCAAUGAUCCUAGAGGUCUUGAUGUGUAGUGAUUCCGUCUAUAUUGUUAAGGGAUGGAUUGUAUUAUACUUUUGUUGUGACAGAAUCUGUUUCAGUGUUGACCUAUAGUUGAAUGAUUCCGUCUAUAUUGUUGACAGAUGGAUUAUAUUAUACUUUUGUUGUGACAGAAUCUGUUUCAGUGUUGACCUAUAGUUGAAUGAUUCCGUCUAUAUUGUUGACAGAUGGAUUAUAUUAUACUUUUGUUGUGACAGAAUCUGUUUCAGUGUUGACCUAUAGUUGUAGUGAUUCCGUCUAUGUUGUUGAGAGAUGGAUUAUAUCAUACUUUUGUUGUGAAAGAAUCCGUUUCAGUGUUGACGUAUAGUUGUAAUGAUUCCGUCUAUGUUGUUGAGAGUGGGAUUGUAUCAUACUUUUGUUGUGACAGAAUCUGUUUCAGUGGUGACCUAUUGUUGCAUGACCCUUACAAGCUUUCACACAAAAAUAGGAAAUGAAGACCAUCACAGAUUUUUUACUAAUAAUUGAUUGAGGUAUUCAACUCAAGUGUUGAACAAGGAACAUGCCCCAGGAUGCUGAGUAGUAAGUUGUGUAAUGGGCUGAUAUUAUGCACAUGAAGUAACAAUUUCACUCAAAAGAUCUCUUCAAACUAUCUUUUUUCCCAUCUACACAGAUUCUGUUUUUUUCAUAUUCAGAAUAGCUAAAUAUAUUCUUCAUUAUCAAUUUGAGAAUACCUGAACACUGAUGUGAGCAUUUACUUUAAGGUGAUCCUUGUAAUCACUGAGGUGACACGCAGAAUGUUGACCCACUCUUCAAAUAUCUAUAUAUUCAACAAUAUAAGUUUUGACAAUACUUGAAUGUUGGAGUCUGUUUCCCUUGAGCUGUCACUGCUGCGGUAGUUAAUAAAUCAAAGAAACCAGGAGAGCACCUCGGUAACAUGUGACUAAAGUUCAUUGUUUCUGUGUUCCAAAAUCUGUCAAUGGAUGCUAUCAUUUGCUCUUCUUUUUUAAAGAAAAUUAUUAAUAUUGUCCAGCACCUUAUCCCAGUUGUCAUCUUUCUUAUUAUCAUGUCCUGCAAUGUUAGGGACAAGAUGUCCCAUAAAGUACAGUAUUGGUAAACAUACACAUAAUAAAUAAAGCCUUAUUUUUUUUUUUGCCAAAUAUAUUUUUGUUUGUUUUUUUUAUUGUAAAAACUAUUAAAGUGAUGUAAUUAAAUUAUUUUUUUAAGUCUGGUGAUGUCAUCAAGUCAUCAUCAGCCAGAUUACAG